GAGACAGACAGAGGGAGGGAGAGAGAGAGAGGGGGCCCAGAUCAAGCGUUACAGUCUGACAGGAGAGGCAGUAACUCGUUACCCCCGCGCCGCAGCCCGUCCUGCUCUGCACGGCCAUAACUCCAGCUUCCUUCGCUCAAGGACGGGGAGCGGCGGAGAGAGAGAGAGGGAGAGAGACAGAGCAGCCCGGUCCGAGCCGGCUCGCCAGCGGGAGACGCCAGAUUCUAAGCUGACCCUCUGAAAACCUCCAAGCACGACGAUCACAAACAGAAGACAACAUGAAGGUCUCCAAUGUCUUCCUCCCUAUUAUUCUCAUUAUGUUCUUUGUCCGCCGUUACGUUGCCCAGAGUGACUCUGAGCUCACAGUGACAACAAGGUUAGGCCGUGUUCAGGGUGUACGCCUGCCCGUCCCUGACCGAAGUCAUGUGAUUGCCUUCCUGGGUAUUCCAUUUGCAGAACCUCCUGUGGGAAAAAGGCGUUUUAAGCCAGCUGAGCCCAAAAAGCCUUGGAAUGAUGUGUUUGAGGCCAAAGAUUACCCUACUGCUUGUUACCAGGAUGUGGACACUACGUACCCUGGCUUUCAUGGAACUGAAAUGUGGAACCCCAACCGGAUGAUGAGUGAGGAUUGUCUUUACUUAAAUGUCUGGGUUCCUGCUUCCCCUCGGCCACACAACCUCACUGUUAUGGUCUGGAUAUAUGGUGGAGGCUUCUCCACUGGCUCAUCCUCUCUGGACGUCUAUGACGGCCGCUACCUAGCUCAUUCAGAGAAGGUGGUGGUGGUCUCUAUGAGCUAUAGGGUGGGUGCUUUUGGGUUCCUUGCCCUUAAUGGUUCCUCUGAGGCUCCUGGAAAUGUGGGUUUGCUGGACCAGAGGUUGGCACUUCAGUGGGUGCAGGACAACAUUCAGUUCUUUGGAGGCAACCCCAAGCAGGUGACUAUUUUUGGGGAGAGUGCCGGUGCGGCCUCAGUUGGCAUGCACCUUCUGUCACCAGAUAGUCGCCCAAAAUUUACCCGUGCCAUCUUGCAAAGUGGUGUGCCAAAUUGCCCUUGGGCCACAGUCAGCUUUGAUGAGGCUCGUAGGAGGGCCACCAAACUGGGCAGGCUGGUGGGCUGCACUGAAGGAAAUGACACUGAGCUGAUUAACUGCCUGAGGAACAAGCAACCACAGGAGCUCAUUGACCACGAGUGGCAGGUGCUUCCAUACAGCAGCCUUUUCCGCUUUUCCUUUGUGCCUGUUGUGGAUGGUGUAGUGCUCCCGGACACUCCUGAUGCCAUGCUUAGCGAAGGCAACUUCAAGGACACUCAAAUCCUUCUGGGUGUAAACCAGAACGAAGGGUCAUAUUUCUUGAUUUAUGGUGCACCAGGGUUCAGUAAGGACAAUGAAAGCCUGAUCUCAAGGGAGGACUUCUUGGAAGGUGUGAAGAUGAGUGUUCCUCAUGCCAAUGAGAUUGGAUUGGAGGCAGUCAUUCUCCAGUACACAGACUGGAUGGAUGAGGACAACCCUGUGAAGAACCGUGAAGCCAUGGAUGACAUUGUAGGAGACCACAAUGUAGUCUGCCCUCUGCAGUACUUUGCAAGAUCAUAUGCCCAGUCACAAACAGCAGGUCAAGGGAAUCUAGGCCUGGGCACCUCACGGUCAGUAAGCAACAGUGGACAUUCACAAGCUGCCGUGUAUCUCUACCUGUUUGAUCAUCGAGCUUCUAAUUUGGCCUGGCCUGAGUGGAUGGGUGUAAUCCAUGGCUAUGAGAUUGAGUUUGUAUUUGGCCUACCAUUGGAGAAGAGGCUCAACUACACUGCGGAGGAGGAGAAACUGAGCCGACGUAUGAUGCGAUACUGGGCUAACUUUGCUCGGACUGGUAACCCUAAUAUUAACAUUGAUGGAUCAAUGGACAGCCGACGCCGGUGGCCCCUCUUCACAGCUAGCGAGCAGAAACAUGUGGGCCUGGACACAGAUCCACUGAGAGUGCACAAGGGCCUGAAUACACAGCGCUGUGCUCUAUGGAACCGAUUUCUGCCAAGACUACUCAACAUUACUGACAACAUUGAUGACGCUGAGCGACAGUGGAAGGCGGAGUUCCACCGCUGGAGCUCCUACAUGAUGCACUGGAAGAGCCAGUUUGACCACUACAACAAGCAGGAGCGUUGUACAGACCUCUAAACAGUUCUGGGGAACGUGUAAGAAAAAGAGAGAGAAUGCAAGAGAAGACAAAAUAGAGAAGAGUGAUGACCAUAUUACUCUAUAGUCUCUAGAACCCCUUGACAGAAGGUCACAAGUUAUCUGGGUUUCAAGUAGAUUACAUCCAUUAUUGAUCGGUGCCUAAGAUUGGAUUUGUGAAUAUUACACAUAUACUCACUGUGGAGUGUCUCGUUUAUCAUCUGUAAAGCACAGGCUGUAUGUGUCAUUCAGUAUAACAUUCACUUUAAGCAGUUUGAUGCAGUAAGGGGUCAUUGCAGUAUGAGAUUAUAGAGCGUUGUGGUCAUCAGAAAGGAAAAAGAAGAGAAAAUGUUGAAUGAAGGUGCGAUAUUACCUCUGAUAACUGUGUGAUUGUGUGUGCGUGUGUCAGUACAACUGAUGCUUGGAAACCCUCAUUCACUCUGGUCCUCAGGAUCCCACAUUUCCCUUUUUUACUUAAAGAUUUCCUUUAAUCUGUCAUAGUCUGCUUAAUUUACGAUGGCUGCUUGACCAUUUGUGUAUUUCUCAGUGUGUUUCUCCUCUGUCUAUCUUCUCCUCUGUCUUUUAAUCUUGCCAUAUGCUUCUGUGGUCUACUCUGUGCAGUCUCUGUGGGUCCAACUAAAUUCUUUGAUAUCACAUAUAGGAAUCAUGAGCCAUUUCAGUCCGUGGUCCGCGUGUUGGCUAAAUACUGCACCAGGUUGUAUUGGGGUGCAGUGUCGCGAGUAUGUGUGACAAGUGAUUUCAAUGUCUUUCGCUAAUAUGUAGGCAUAUUUUCAUUUGGAUUGCUGUACACAUUGCAUGAAUAUUGGUGCUCACAGCAUGAUCCUACAGUAUUUAUGUGUGUUUGUGAGUGUGUUAGGUUACAAAAGUGACUGAUAGAGAGCGUAUGUUUGCAGAAGCAUACAUACACCCUAUUUGGCACCUAAAUGGGUCAGUAUUCACCUAUAUGUAUUGUCUGUAUGUAGCGCACCACUCGUCGUGAAUGUCACCUCUACUUUCAUUAUAUUUUGCCCAGGCAUUGCGUGUGUGCACACGUCCUAAAGAGAAAAGCUGUGCGAGUACUGUGUGAUGUCUGUGUGCCAAAGAGUCAAUAACGUUUUUUUUUUUCUUUCACUGGCUGGCUGGCUCCCCCCUCUCCCCCUCCCUUAGUGGGAAAGAAUUUUCAUUACGGUAAUGGAAGGAGCGUAAUUUAGUUAGUGCUUGUUUGAAAUGACAGCCUGCUGUGUCAGCCAUCUUAACUCCAGCCCCACCAUCAGUCACUUGAUGCAGUGGGUGGAUGAUGAAGGAAAACAGAGCGAGUGUUCUGAAGGGAGUGUUCAGAGAAAGGAAGACAAAUUCACAAGAGCCACCACCACACUCUUAAAAAUAAAGGUGCCAUUUGGGGUUCUUUUGGGACGAUGUCAUAGAAGAACCACCUUAAAAAACAUUUUGAGAACCGGUUUUUAUACAUGAGAUGUGUGACAGUUAUGAACUUCCACGUAUUGUAAAGUUUCCUGGAAGGUUUGAAGGUUUGUUAAAGGACAGGUUCUUCACAGUAGCUCACUUUUUUAACCUAAUAUAAAUGUUCAGUACCAAUAUCAGGGUUCUUUCUAGAACCUUAACUUCAUGUUGAACUUAAAUGUUCUUUAAACUUUAACAGGGACACACUGUCUUUGAUUUAAAGCACUGCUCUUAUGAAGCGUGAAAAGAUAUGUAUUUGUUAAUAGCAUCCCCUCAUGGAGAAUCUUCACCCUGUUAAAUGUGAUUGAGUGAGUGAAUAAAUGAGUGAGUUACAAGCCACUUUCAUGAGGUGCUUUGCAUCUUAAAAGGUUCUUCACACUCAAAUUCAUCAUUUACAAAAAUCUGAAGAACCAUCCACGGAAAGGUUUUUAGGGAACCAGAAGUGGCUCUUCUCUGGCAUUGCUCAAAGAACCCUUUGUGGCAGUUUUUUUAAGAGUACACCCUUAGAACGAAAGGUGCCAAAAGUGAGCUUUGGAGCAAUGCUACAGAAGAGUGACCUUCUCUAAAUAACCUUUCAGUCAAGUAUUUUAAAGAACUGUCCAUUAAAAAGUUACUUUGGGAACCAAAAUGAUUUUUCAGUGGCAUCCUUUCAAAGAACCCUUUAUUUUUAAGAGCAUACAAGGGUUUAAACUAUAUUUAUUCUAUUUCAGCAUGUCAUUAUUUUGUUUGUUUCAGUAUUUUAUGUUGCAUGCUUGCAUCAUAUAUCAAAUCUAAAGCUAUAUGUAUAUUGUUUUUAGUUUGCUCAUAUCAGGUUAAAUGUUUUAGUUAUUGUGUACUGUAUUUAUUACAUUUUGGGACUGCUUUUGGGUCCGAUAUUAUUUUGUGAUGAUUUGAAUGUACGCUUUUUUCAGUUUUCCUUGUCCUUGACUGUGUCUCUCUCUGUUUUUACAUUAACGUAUGGUUGUUUGCAUUUAUCUCUGUAAGUCAAACCACUGAUUUACCCACACAUUAGCCCAGCAUUAUUUAUUUGUACACUUUGGUUAACACUGUGGAAGGGACAUGUGUAAGGUCAGUGCUGUGAUUGGACAGUGGGUCCUCCAGGAGCAUUGUGGUUGGUGUUCAUCAGACCUAGAUGUAACCUAACAAUAUGCUUGGAGUAGUGUACUUUUAGCUUUAAAUGAUGUAAUUACACAAGAAAAGAACACUAAAGGUACUGUCUUAAAUUGUUUAGGUAUACAUAUUUGAGUAGAAGAGAUAAGUGAAAUAAUUGCAUGUGUCUACAGUGUGGCUGUGUGCGCGACAGCUGCUCUCUUGCAACUCUUGUUCACUGAGAGGUCACCCUUAUCUCCUCCGUCCAAUGAAGAGUCCCGUGCAUGCCCUAAAGCUCCUCUCCUUCUGUAUUCUGUACUCACAAAUUAGACUGUUAUUCCUUGUAACAAUAUGCCAGUGCUAAUGUAUAUUAUAUUUACAAAUUUAUAUUAAACUAAAACUGUAUUAAUAUCCCUGAGAUUAAUGUUAGCAAUAAGAUGAUAUACUUGCAAUGGAAUAUAUUUGAUAAUUUAAUGCAUCAGUGUUUAUUUAAUGAUAAUAGCUUGAUUGGUAAUAAUGAUGAUGGUCAGUAUUAUAUUGAAGAUGAUUGCAAAUGGACUUGCCACUGAUUAGAAACAAUGAUAUCUGGACAAAGCAAUUGUGGUAUUUGUUUUUUAUUAGUACUAUUUGUUUACGGCAACAAAUUCUUCAGAAUGGAUUGUGUGCUGAAGCUAUUAAUGCAUUCUGUUCUGUCAGAACCUGUAACCACUGUGGACAUCUUGCCUAGCAAUGUGUGAUCAUUAGGUAUUAUGGGGAAUAUUAUCUUCAGAUCAAUAUUAAUGAUUCUAACCCCACCUCACCCUCUACCCCCCAAAAGACAAAACAAAAAUGGCAGGUAUUUUGACGGGUUGUUCAGUUAUUUGUGCCAUCACUGUUAUUACUCUUUUUGGUCCAGAUAUUGCCCACUGUGCCAAACUUGUGUGGUGACAGCACUGUGCGACUCCUCUGCAUGGUAUGUUUCUGCCCACUUUGGGCGCUGUAUCUGAAGUCCUCCAACAAAACCUCAUUAAACAGACUGACUAAAAUCUGA